UCAAACUAUGGAGUGUCGCGCGAAGUAAUUCUCGUAGAAUAAUAUUUUAAAACAAAUAUCUGUAAAAUUGGUUAAUAUCAAUCGUGAUCAGUUUUAAUCAAUCGUGACUUCAUUUAAUUAAAAAUGAUCAGAAGAACGUGAUGUUAUUAUAUAUUGAGUGUGUAUUAUUAUUAUUCAUUAAUCUUAAACUGCACUCCAAGUGAGCAGAAUCAUUUUUUAUUAAUAUUCAUCCUCUUUUAUUAAAUAACAGGUGACAUAAUCUUUUUGGUUCAAAAGAAUUUUUUAACAUGGAUCCAAAGGUACCAUUCCUUACUUUUGUCAGCUUCUACAUUGCUGUUCUUAGCCAAACUUCCUUUACAUCGGCAACUAAAGGAUGCUGCCAGUGCUACUUCAAUGAUACAGCCUAUAUGAACGAAGCAUGCCGGGGCGUUACACCCUUUAUGACCAUAUUGCAGACUCUACUUAUGGCGAGAUGCGAUAUUUCAGAUCCUUGUAGACGAACUGGGUCUGAUCAAGUGCCUCAAGAGGAAUGGUUCGAUUUUAUAAUCGUGGGAGCUGGAGUAGCAGGACCAAUUUUGGCAAGAAGGCUCAGUGAUUAUCCAUGGUGGAGCGUUUUAUUAAUUGAAGCUGGUCCAGAGGAACCUUCAAUCACUGCUGUUCCAGGAUUAGCUUUUAAUGCAAUAAAUACAUCUCUGGAUUGGAAAUACCUUACAGAACCUACGCGACCAUAUCCAACUGCGUGUCUGGAAAAUGGUGGAAGAUGUGCUUGGCCCAGAGGAAAAAUGGUGUCUGGCACAGCUGGAAUGAAUGGAAUGAUGUAUAUUCGAGGUCAUCCUGAAAUAUACAACAAAUGGGCUCGUGCUGGAAAUCCAGGCUGGUCUUAUAACGAAAUUGAACACUAUUUUGAACGAGCAGAAAAUCCCAUGAAUCCCAAAUUAGUAGCAGACGAAAUGUUCAAAAGAACCGAAACAGGAGGACCACUAACCAUCAAUCUCUUUGAGCACAAACCUGUAUUUUCCGAAGAAUUGCUAAAUGCAGCAAAGGAAUUAGGCUAUAAAAUAGGAAAAAUGCAUGGGUAUAACCAAACCGGUUUUAUGGUUGCUCCAAUGGUGACUUCGGAUGGUCUUAGGGGUACUACUUCCAGAUUUUAUUUGAGGCCAGUUGCUGGAAGAAAAAAUCUUCACGUUUUGAUAAACGCCCACGUGACCAAAGUAUUAAUAAAUAAAUGGCAAAUGCACGCGCAUGGCGUAGAGUUAAUUGACAAACAAGGAAAUAAAAGAAUAGUAAAGGCGAAUAAGGAAAUUAUUUUAACGUCUGGUGCCAUAGGAUCCCCACAUAUUCUUUUGAAUUCUGGAAUUGGACCAAAAGAGGAUUUAGCUCAUUUUGGGAUGCAUAUUCAUAAGGAUCUUCCGGUUGGAAGAACUUUGUUUAAUCAUGUCUCUGUGGGAGUUCCGAUGAGCAUUAAGGAUGACAAUUAUGAAAUAUUGACAAUGGAUGCUGUUAAUCAGUUUAUUAGGAAUAGAACUGGACCAUUAACUAGUACAGGACUCACUCAAGUUACUGCUUUUAUGGAAAGUAGUUAUGCUACUCCUGGUGUGUCAGAUUUGCAGGUAUUUUUCGACGGAUAUAGUUCUGUCUGUCCAAAAACUGGUCAUCAUUUGGAAUGCUCGGAUGGUAGAAUUGGUGUUUGUCCUCAGAGAAGAAAAAUAGUUGCUCGCCCAACAGUUGUGAUUGCAAAAAGUCGAGGUUACCUUCAACUUGGAUCUACUAAUCCACUUGAUUAUCCACUAAUCUAUCCUAAUUAUUUUACUGAUGAAAAAGAUAUGAAAAUUUUAAUCGAAGGGAUCAGAAAAGUCAUUCAACUCACUGAGACGAAAGCUAUGAGGAAAUGGGACCUGAGGCUAGAAGAAAAACCACAUCGUUGGUGUUCUAGAUAUCACUUUAACACAGAUGCUUAUUGGGAGUGCAUAAUUCGAGCCCAAACUGGUCCUGAAAAUCACCAAGCAGGAACUUGUAAAAUGGGACCAAGAAGUGACCCAGAAGCUGUUGUGGAUUCAGAACUUCGAGUUCACGGAAUUCCCAAUCUCCGAGUAGCGGAUGCUUCCAUAUUUCCUGUAUUACCAAAUGCCAAUCCCAUAGCACCUAUUGCUAUGGUGGCAGAAAAAUGUGCUGACUUAAUUAGAAGUAGAUGGAUAAGUAGUGUUAAAAAUAAAAAUUAAUGAUGUUAUUGUUUGACUUUUUAUAUAUUUAAAUAUUUUGUAAGGAAACUUU